AUGUUGCACGAACGCCAAACCGAGACGCGAAGGUGGACGAUGCUGUGAGGACGGAUCUCCUGCGAGGCUCCAAAGCGUCCCUGCGCUCCACGGGGGAGAGACGGGCACCGGAGGAACCGAGGAAGAGGGAGAAAAAUGUUCAAAGUUAGGCCGUGUCGUCCACAAGUGCGAGCCCGAGAAGCGCCGUCCCGCAACAGCUGCAGAAAAUGAGCAUGAAUUGAACGAAGAAUGCAUGUCGUUUGGGAUAUAUCUGUGAUUCUGCAAACAUAUAUCAUCUGCACGUCAUCAGCUCAGCCUAUUACAUCCAAGCUUGAUGAGAGUUGGUGGGCGUAUAAGGACGUCGUCCAGGGAAGCUUUGUUCCAGUCCCGUCCUUCUGGGGUCUGGUGCACUCAGCCUGGAACCUGUGCGCCAUAGGGAAGAGGCAGUCGCCCAUCGACAUCGAGACCAGCCACAUGAUCUUUGACCCCUACCUGACCCCUCUGAGGCUCAACACAGGAGGACGCAAGAUGGGAGGCACCAUGUACAACACGGGGAAACACGUGUCCCUGCGGCCGGACAAAGCCCACCUGGUGAACAUCUCGGGGGGCCCGCUGGGUUACAGCUACAGGCUGGAGGAGGUCCGCCUCCAUUUUGGGAGCGAGGACUCCCAGGGUUCAGAGCACCUGCUGAACGGACAGGGCUUUCCCGGAGAGGUCCAGCUGAUCCACUAUAACCAGGACCUGUACCCCAACUACACCGAGGCAGCUAAGAGCCCUCAUGGCAUCGCUGUGGUCUCCAUCUUCAUAAAGCUCUCUGAAAACUCCAACUCCUUCCUCAACCGCAUGCUCAAUAGAGACACCAUCACCAGAAUCAACUACAGACAUGAUGCGUUCUUACUGAUGGGCCUGAACAUAGCAGACCUUUACCCCGACACCACGCGCUACAUCACCUACGAGGGCUCCAUCACCAUCCCUCCGUGCUACGAGACGUCCACCUGGAUACUCAUCAACAAGCCUGUCUACGUGACACAGAUGCAGAUGCACUCCCUGCGCCUCCUCAGCCAGAAUGAGCCCUACAAGAUCUUCCUGAGCAUGAGCGACAACACUCGGCCCACCCAGCCUCUGCUGCAGCGAUGCAUCCGAACCAACAUCAACUUCAGCAAGCAGGGCCGCGACUGCCCCAACAACCGUGCCCUCCGUCCACAGUACAGAGUGAAUCAGUGGCUCCUGAAGUAGAAGAUAAAAAGACAUCAAGCUGCAGCGCCACGAGAGGAGAGGCAGCAUUCAUUCAAGGCUAUUUCACACUGCCAAACAGAGCUUAGCUGAACAAACCAGAGAGCACCCGAGCCCGCCGAUUGACUUGAACCGAACGGACAGCUUAACUAAACCAAUCUCAGCUAAGCUCGACUGACCAAACUCCAAACAAUCUACUCUGCUGGCCUCCCACACAUCUACAAUUCAUGUGGGCCAGCACAGCCGGGGUGCAGACCAGACUUUCAGUGGAACGUGUGAGACCAUAAGGACUCUGAUGUCUACGCUGUGCUGUGUUUUUAUUUGUUGUGUGAACUCACAAAGACUGGACAUGUAAAGACUCUCAAUCGUUUUCUUUGGCUGGUUUUCAGAGAGAUGGAUGUUAUCUAAAGACUACAGUGUUGUCUGUCGCUGUGAUCGUCGCUCAACCACAUUCAAAGCCUGCCCACAGAAGGCAGUUAUGAAAAUGAUCAUCCACUGACUGGAGGAAUUACAUUUCCAUUGAUGGUCUGAACCCCCGGCAACAAAAAACACUCAGCUAUGGUGAGAUGAGAAACAUAAAAAAAAAAAAAAUCUGCUGGUCCUGAUAUCAAAUAGUAACUAAAGAAGGUAAUUUUCAAAGAGAAUGGGAAAUGUGUGAAUUUCAGGUUACAUAGCUGAAGGGGGGGAAAAAGAUGGAGAGACCACAACUCUGACAUUUUACAGCCCUGAACAGACGGAGUCACUGGAGAUUGCAAAGGAACAGGUCACUCAUUCUGCAUGAUUUUAUAAUAGUUCACUUGUCUUCAAGGAUUUUAAUUAAAAAGAGGUGACAGAAUUGAGCUCGCUUCAGGUCCCUGCUUUGCACAGCAGCAUAAAGGGCAGACCUCCCCUCUGCAACUGCAGACUCACCAAAAAUCUUCAAUCAAAACUGUUUAUACUAAAGGCCUAAUUCUACGAAGUCAAUCACGACCAACUUGACCUUUUGCUAAACCCCUCGCCUGAGCAGCUGUUUUCCAGCCAUAGCUCAGCAGCCAUAACCGGCCAAAACAGGCCUGUCAGGCUUUGAAUUUGUCCACAUGUUGAUGUCUUUUUAUCAACUCGACAAAACCAAACACAGGAGAGCGCAACAGAAAAUAGGAAAUGGAUUGAACAGUGUGUUUGCUGUAGCGCAGGCUGCAGCUGUUAGCAUGCCCAGCUAACUAGAUAACCUUCUACCUGC